AAUGUAAUGGCAUUAAUGGGCUCAAAAUUAGAAUAGUGCUUUCAUCAAUAAGUCAAGGGUGGGGCAAACUUGGGUGCUAAAGCAUCACGUUUCAUUUUUAAAACAGACUGAUGGACCAGUUCUCUGGGUUAAAAUAAGAAAUUGUUAAAUGGUCUAUUUUGCUAAAAUUAUGUUCUUGUGAUUUAGUUGUCUUAUGUAAUUAACGACUCAAAUACAUGAACAACACCAAAUGUUUUGUAAACAAAAUUAUCUGCAAUUAUUUUCCAGAAAGAAAGAAAGAAUACAUUUUAAUUUUUGAACAUUUAAUUGCUUGACGGGCCUAUGUAAAGUUCGGAGCGCGUCACAUAUGACCCGCGGAUGAUAUGUUGCCUACCCCUGCUUUAACUCAGACUAAUUUCUGCGUUUAUUCUACCCCACAAAUACAGUGUGUCAUAUUUAACAUUUGUUAUCAGUUGUUCGUCAAAUGUGAUCAAAUUUCGGUAUUUUGUCAGUUGAUCUAACUGUAUUGUACAAACCUGACCACUAGGUAGGGCAACACCACCACAAGUGUGUUUUUCAUGCACGAGAAGACGCUUGCCUGCAGGAUGCAUGCCGUUUUCUACUUUGAUUUCAUUUGGGUUUCCAAACUCAGCAGCAGGUCGGGUCUUGUGCUCAGUUGCUGAACUUCUGUGAGCUCAGAUGGUUCAGGAGAGUUGUUGGGCACGUGUGUAGGUUGGAGACUGACUUGUUCAUACUGCGCGCUGUCAACAUGGGAGAUAUUAAUAUUAACGUUUGUGACAAAAAUGUUGAGGUGGCAGGCACUCCCGUAGAAUCGAAAGAUCCGAAUGAAUUAUCGCAGUCAUGCAGCAUCCCGAACGGCGAGAGCGACGCUGCGCCCACGACUCGCGUGUACUCAAAGCGCUGGCUGAUAGUUUUUCUAUUUUGUGCCUACUCGCUGAGCAAUGCUUACCAAUGGAUUCAAUACGGCAUCAUCAGCAAUAUCAUCGUCAAGUUCUACCAGGUGGACGCGUUCGCCGUGGACUGGCUUUCCAUGAUCUACAUGCUCGCCUACGUCCCAUUCAUCUUCCCCGUCACCUGGCUGCUGGACCAGAAGGGUUUGCGCGUCACGGCACUGCUGGCCAAUUUGCUCAACUGCGUGGGGACGUGGAUUAAAGUGGCUAGUGUCCAGCCGGAUCUCUUCUGGGUCACCAUGCUCGGCCAGUUUAUCAGCGCCCUGGCUCAGGUGUUCAUCCUCGGGAUGCCCUCUCGCUUGGCUUCGGUGUGGUUUGGAGCGGAUGAGGUCUCCACUGCCUGCUCCAUUGGAGUCUUUGGGAAUCAGAUAGGCAUCGCUAUUGGCUUCCUGAUCCCCCCCAUUCUCGUGCCUAAUGUCGACGAUGUGGAGGUGCUGGCACACCACAUUAAGAUCAUGUUCUACAUCAGUGCCGGUGUGGCCACCAUCAUUUUCAUCCUUGUGAUCAUAGUGUUCCAAGAGAAACCAGAGCUCCCUCCCACCCAGGCCCAGGCUCAGGCUAGGUGCAUCCUUCCAGAGAGCUACUCCUAUCUGGCCUCCAUUUGGAGGCUGCUGCGCAAUAAGCCCUUCAUGCUGCUGUUGGUCAGCUACGGACUGAAUGUUGGCUGCUUUUACGCGGUGUCCACACUUCUGAACCGAAUGAUCAUUGAACAUUAUCCAGGUGAGGAGGUGAAUGCAGGUCGGGUUGGGCUGACCAUUGUCAUCGCAGGCAUGGUGGGAUCGCUCAUCUGUGGAGUUUGGCUGGACAAGACUAAAACCUACAAGCAGACCACGCUGGCCGUGUAUGUGCUUUCCCUGGUCGGGAUGCUGAUAUACGCCUCGACACUCAACCUGGGCCACCUGUGGGUGGUGUUUCUCACAGCCGGAGUUUUAGGAUUCUUCAUGACUGGAUACCUUCCUUUGGGCUUUGAGUUUGCAGUAGAGCUCACCUACCCUGAAUCAGAAGGAACCUCAUCUGGUCUUCUCAACUGUUCAGCUCAGAUCUUUGGAAUCAUCUUCACCAUUGCCCAGGGGAAGAUUAUUGAUGGAUGGGGUACUUUGGCAGGAAACAUUUUCCUGUGUAUAUUUCUUUUGAUAGGAUCUAUAAUGACAGGAUUCAUUAAAUCUGAGCUCCGGAGGCAAAAUGCCAACCUACAUGCUACUGGGCAUUCAGUCAGUGUAAGUAUAUCGUCAACGGUAUCUUCACAAUUCUGUGAAAGGAUUGGUCUCUCUAUUUUGUUCUGCAACAAAUACUGUUGGUUGAUUUAGGCUGCAGUCCACACACUGCGUUGCACUGCUGCAGGCAUGAAUAAAUUCAAGAUGAAUGCAUGCCCACAACAAACAUUCUCUGCUACUUAUCCUGGAAGCUAACUUAACAUGUCAAUAUUGGAUCAAAACAUGCAAGAAUGCACUUGAUAUACUUUCAAGUGGGAGCUCAAUAUUGAAAAGUCUCGCUAACAGGAAUGUAGUCGUCCUCUCUGCUAUGCAAACAUGCGGAGCAAGCUUUUUUGGUUUGUGUUUCACUGUGAUAUAUAUUAAGAGAACUCCACAAAUUGACUUUAAAAAAAACACUUUAUUGGAGGAAUCGUGUCAAUUGGGGACUUUUGAUUGGUCCCUAUCAGGGGAUAACAUGCAUUUCAAUUAAAGUAUUUCAGUGAAACAGCAAAUAAAACUUUCAAUAUCACCUUUGAAAUUCAUGACACCAUUUUGCUAAACCAUUUCAACUCACUGAUUGCUAUCAAAACAACUUCUACCUUCCUUUCUAAUGCCUCAAAAAUAAAAAAUAUAACCAAGUACCAGCAAUCCUUCACACACAUGAGUUGUCAGUUCCUGCUUGUUAAAUAGUCGAUUGAAUUCUCAAAGCAAACAAAUCCAGGUCAUUUCAUACGACUUAAGUAGACAAGCAGGCAGCUUACGGUUAUUUGGGUGUGCAGGAGUUUCUGGACUGUAUUGUGUGCUAGUGGGUUUGCAUGUAGGGUUUUUUGGGCCCCUCUCAAAGACAUGACCCCCCUUAGCUGUUAUUCCAGCGUGCAGGCUCUGAGUCAUCGGUUCAGGACUACGGGGGCACAUCUUGCAGCAGCCCCUGGCAGCAGCCGUCCUGACAUAAACUUACAAGCUCGCUAAAAAACAAAACACACACCUACCCAG